CAAAUUAAAUUGUAUUGAACAUUGCUUAGUACGGUGGAUUGAUAGUAUACAUGUUGUAUGUGAUGUUAUGUGUCGUAUUACCACAAACAAAACUGAAAGUGAACUGAUUUUGUUACACCAGACAGGCGAUAUUUCUGGGGAAAUGAUGCAGAAUUCCGGUUCUCAAUAAUAGUUUCACUUUCCCUUUCCAUGUUUGAAAAUCUUUUAAACAGAUUCAAGUGCGAACUAUAAAUUACAGCUUCAUAGCCGCACGUAUACCCGCAGGCUGCGAUCGCUUUGUUACAAUAAAUACAUCUUACCUUGGACCAUAUUGAUUCUAUUUCACUACAAUCCUUAAAUUGAACUUUAAUCUAUGAUUACAAGCUACGUUAUGAUCCAGUAAUAACCGUCUGCAUAUGUGACUAUUUUUGCAACAGCAAUAACUAAAAUCUAAAUGGAAAAAUUAUUUGCGCAAAUGGACCAGGCAGAUUUUUUGACAGAUCAGGACCCGUUGGAGUCUCUAAAUCAAGAGAAAUUACUUCACUUUUUCCACAGUAGAAGGAAACAGAUGUCCUGCAUGGAACGCCCGGACACCUUCCUAAACCAGCUCCGAGUCGACGAACUAAUUCCGGAAGAAAUGUACCAGAAGCUGAAGUGGAUAAAGAGUAAGGAGCAGAGGGAGAAGGGUUUGUACGACAUGCUGAACUGGUUGGAGGAAAAGAGAUCUGACUGCAUCCAGCUCUUCUGGCGCUGUGUGUUUAAGGACCACCUCCUUCAACAGUACCCCAUGCUACGCCUGCUUCGUAAUAGCCUGCUGGACGGUAAGGAAAGCUCACCUCAUGCACAUACUGAGGAGGAGGAUGAGAAAGGGAACAAGAGGAAGAUUUCGGAGGAAGGAGAAGACGAUGGGGAGGAGAAAAAGACAGUAAAGAAAAAGAGAGAAAUGAGAAAGGGAAAGGAGAGUAGUGAGGAAGAGGAGCAGCCCAGCACAUCCACCCAGUCCACACCCAGUCAGAAGAAGGAUGUCCACAAACCUGUCUUCAGUUCUCCUCUCAAGAAUGGGGAGACAGCUGACAUCUGGACUUGGCCCUUCUAUAAGAUCCAGCUACCAGUCACCUGCAGGGAUAAGAAGGCCACACUCUACCGGGACAAGCUGGCCAGAGGGGAGGACUGCAUUUGGGUAGAUGAUCAAUGGUUCACCCCGGCUGACUUUGAGGAGUUUGGGGGGAAGAACAGACGUAAAAACUGGAAGACCAGUAUCCGCUGUGAAGGGACCACUCUGGAAAAACUGAUCCAGGAAGGUCAUUUAAUUUCACCAAGUUUCAAAAGAAGAAAAGUUGGAAAGUCCAAAAGAGAACUGUUUGCCUCCAACCAAUCAGCGGCCUCAAGUACAGAUUCAGAAUAUGAGGAUGUUCAGGACGAGGACAAUGAAGAACUGGAAGUUGAACAGGAAAAUGAAGGAGAAAGAGGAGAGCAGACGACUCCUGCUGGAGGAGGAACCAGUCCAGGAGGGAGUCAGGUUGUUCCGCAAAAGACUGUCUUCCAAGUCACCUGUGGGGUCAUUGACGGGAUGUUACACAAGGACCGCUUUGCAUCAGGGACUUGUGGGAAAAGUAUCCGUACAGAGCAGAGCUGGAUGUCCCCAGUGGAGUUUUUGAAGGGGGCUUCAGUCAUGGCAGAGACCUCCUGGAAGAAAGACAUCCUGUGUGAUGGGAAUCCUCUCAGUGUCCUCAUCAAGAGUAAGGUCUUGAUAAUUCACCCUCCAUUGUGCAAGUGCAAGUUGUGCGAUCCCACUGCCAAAGACUUGCAAGAACAGGUUAACGAUGAUGACUGCUUCAUCUGUAGGAUCCAAGGCAGCUUGAUUUGCUGUGAUGAAUGUCCACGCUCUUUCCAUCAGGGAUGUCACCUACCUAAUGUAGAAGAUGCAUUGCUGGGGAAGGAUUUUCACUGGGUGUGCACAUUCUGUAUACUGAGAAUGAGCCUGUUGUGGCGUCUCCCCAGUCUGAAAACUUACCAGGAGGUUCUGAACUACCGAACAUCUGGCCGUCUUCUGGAAUGCCAGUACCUCCUGCUGUUUCUGUACCAUGCAGACGAGGACUGCAUCUUUGUAAAAGAUCCUCGCGUCAAUGUGAGGAACUACUCCAGCAUGAUAAAGACUCCAAUGUGGCUGGAUGGGGUGGUGGAGAAGCUGCAGAACAGUCAGUACCAGACGGUGAAGGCCUUUGUGGCCGACGUGUUGCUCAUCUUCACCAACUGUGCCGCCUUCAACAGGGAUAAUUCAGAGUUCCGUGAGAUGGGUGAAAGUCUGAAGGAUCUGUUUGAGAGAGAGAUCCGGAAUGCAUUCAGCAUUUAGCAGCAGUGACCCAAAAUGGACAUCAUGUGGAGCAUUCGUACGCUGCUUACCGUUGCUUUCCUAAAAGACAAUGUCCAGACUACCCUGGUCUUUGUUCACAGACUGGUACACCAGUUUGUACAUCUCUUCCACGUAUGUUCAGUGUUAUUCAUUAUGGAUCUUUCAGCCAUUCAUUUAUUUUGUACUUGCUGUGAAACAUUUGUUCACUGAAAUCUAGAACGAUGGUGAUAAUAUUUCAAAUCAAAGUAUUAAGGGUCAAAUCAUACGGCAGGGUAGCCUAGUGUUCAGCUUCAGUAAACGGUAAAAUGACCAAUCUGUUGUUCUGUCCCUGAGCAAGGCAGUUAUCCAAAAUUCUUCUUAGGUUGGUGCAGAAGAUGAGAAUUAGUUCUUAGUCAUACCUGCAGUACUUAGGCCCCUGAAAGUCAAACUAAGACAAUGUUUUGGGUUAAUAUUUUAAUAAAACAGAUUUUUAUAUGUAGUAAUACAUGAACAUAAAAUACAUACAAAUAAAAUACAAAACAAAUAAACACUUACCAAAUAAAUGACUUCAGUUUGACUUUCAAGUGCCUAAGACUUUUUCACUGAACUGUACUGUUUAAAACAAUUGGAACAAAGCAUGUAGUGUCAAAUCAAGCAUUCAUUGUUGCCCUCCUCUGAGGCCUGAUUUUGUACCUGGCCACGGACAUAAAACUGGAGAAUUGGACACUUGAUGUAAUAUGUUCUGAUAUUGACAUACAAUACAAUUAUUUGAUGUGAAUGUAUUAUGAAGCUAUAUAUUUAGUCAUUAUCUUUAUA